AUGGCGAAACUUUCUGUACUAGAUUUAUCCCCGAUCAAUGAAGGGCAAACAGCUGGCGAUGCUCUGGCCAACUCUUUAAGCCUGGCCCAGCACGCAGAAGCGCUGGGCUACCACCGUUACUGGGUGGCGGAACACCACAAUAUGCCUGGUAUCGCCAGCGCAGCUACCGCGGUGGUCAUAGGACACAUAGCUGGAGGUACCCAGCGUAUCAGGGUAGGCGCUGGCGGCAUCAUGUUACCUAACCAUGCGCCGAUUAUGGUGGCCGAGCAGUUUGGUACGUUAGAAGCGUUGUUCCCCGGACGAAUCGAUCUUGGCCUGGGACGCGCGCCCGGUACCGAUGGUGUUACCGCCCAGGCACUGCGGCGCACGUUGAAUUCGGAUCCGAAUAAAUUCCCGCAGGAUGUACUCGAGUUACGCGAAUAUCUCAAAGAUGCUCAACCCAACGCGAGGGUUCGCGCUGUCCCCGGUGAAGGCAGCCAUGUGCCUUUGUAUAUUCUUGGCUCCAGCCUGUUUGGCGCUCAACUCGCAGCGAUCCUCGGCCUGCCGUUCGCUUUUGCCUCACAUUUCGCCCCUGCUGCCAUGAUGCAGGCACUGCAGAUCUAUCGCAGCGAAUUCGAACCGUCAGAAACUCUUGAAGCACCUUAUGUCAUUCUGGGCUACAACAUCUGUGCAGCUGACACUGAAGCUGAGGCACGCUAUUUACGCACCUCUGGACUACAGGCUUUUUUGAAUCUGCGUUUUGGCAAUCCGGGCAAACUGCCGCCACCGGUGGAAGAUUUCGACAGCACGCUGACAGCCCAGCAGCAACAGGUCAUGGCGCAGAUCAGCUCCGCAGCCUCGGUUGGAACGGCUGAUCAGGUGCGCCAGGACGUAGAAGCAUUUCUGCAGCAGACCCAGGCUGACGAACUGAUCGUUACCAGCCAGAUUUAUGACCACGCUGCACGUCUUCGCUCUUACGAAAUUGCCAAACAAGCCUGCUGCGGCCUGUAA